AUGAUAUCACCCAUUGUUUACAGCGUUGUGUAUUUGCCUCAGCUGCUGGAGGACUGUACAGUGAAACUGCGUCUGAACUCAGCGGCCAGGCGUAUCUUCCUGGCAGAUGGCGUGGAGGCCCACGCACCUGAAGACAUCCCUCAGGACGCCGACAUCUACGUCUCCACGGGGGAGGCAUUUGUGGACCCGCUGGCAGAGAUCAGAGCCCAUCUGUCUGUGUGCAGAGAGAGGAGCUGGACACUGGAAGGCCUGGUGCAGUCUGGGGACGACCAUGGGCGUGGGGGCACCAGGGCCAGCAUGCUCUCGCGCCGCGCCCUCGCACGCCUGUGCCAGGGGGUGCUGCCUGGUGCCCAGCGGGUGCUCAUCUUCAGGAAUGGCGCCGGGAGAGAUGGCUAUGAGGUCUCCACCACCAUGCAGAGUCUGGAGCAGUUCCUGGAUGUGUGCACUGAGAAGUUGCACCUCACUGCCUCAGCAAAAAUGGUCUUCAACUGGAACGGAAAAGCAGUAGAGGACCUUAACCUCGUCCCCCGGCUGGAUGGCUGUCUGCGGGGCUCCGGGGCCCCGUCACGCGGCCCUCUGUGGGCAUCCAGAGGAGAGGCGCUCAGCGUGGCAGGAGUCCAGACCUACGUGAGGGAGACGGUGAAGGCCCUCAGGCAGAGGCUCACAGCUGGCAGACAGCACCUGAAGCAGCUGGAGUGGGCUGAGGCAGGGAGGAUGGAGAAUGUCACAGCAAAGGAGAUCCUUAGUCUGACUGGGAGAGAGCGGGCGAAGGCCAAAGAGAAGGCGCAGGCUCAGAUUAAGGAGCUGGAAGAUUGUCUCCGAAAGCACCAGCAGCAGCUCUCCAUCCUGGGCCGAAUGGCGGAGGCGGACUCGUCCAGGCCGCCCGGCAGCACGUGGCCACUGUCUCAGGGCCCCUCGCUGCCCCAGGGCCUCCAGCUCAAGGUCCACCAGCCGGGCCGAGACUCAGGACACACACUGGUGUUUGUGAACCGCGUGGAGCUGGAGAAGGGCUGCGAGGCAGACGAGGAGCGCAUGAUGAACAGACUCCUGCAGAUAAUCCACCGCAGGCUGGGGGCUGGAGCCGUGGGCCUCUCCCCUGCCUGGGUGUACGAUGAGUGGGGCGAGGCUGUCCGCAGCCCCCUCCACCUCCAGAACGGCCAGAGGGUAUGGGUGUCCUAUGGGGAAGACCACAGGUUAGCCAUCUCUCUCUCUCACCCCUCUCUCUCUCUCUCUCUCUCUCUCUCUCUCUCUUUUUCUCCCCCCCUCUCUUUAUCCCUCCUUCUUAGAGCAACUGCCAUGCAUCAGUUUGUUUCCUCUCCUCCUGACAGUUGGGGUCCACACUGUUUCACCCUGUUUUUUUUGUGGAAGUGAAAAGAAUGGCUUAAAAACCGAUAGUUCAGACAGUUCUCUCUCUCUCUCUCUCUCUCUGUCUUGCCUAAGUGGCGGUGCCGUGAUUGUGGCGGAGGCUCCCUCUCUUCAUGUCUGAGUAGUCACUGUAAUGAUUGCAGAUGGGCUCGCUGCAGGGGGUCCCCAGACCCAGAGGCCUGUCAUUGUGGUGGAGGGGGCAGCCCUGACCCGCCACGGAGCCUCCAUCUCACCCCCAUCACCACCUCCCCUCAUGCCACCGCGCAGUCAUUGAAAACUAGAUUUGAGGCAAAAUUGCACAUAUUUGCAAUUUUAUUUAUUUUCUUAUUAUUUUAUUUUAUUUUGCCGCUCUGUCGCUCUGAGCCAUCCCCAUGCUACUAGAUUUUUAUUUAAUUUUUUUUAAAGAAGAAGAAGAAGAAGUAAUAAUUAUGUCCAAAUUGGGCUGGACAACUUUGUGCUUUUAAAGAGAAAGUUCUGGAGCCUGCUUAGCCUGGCUGCCUGGCUGUGCACUCACAGAUUUGAUUGGGUGUAAUUUGGUGAGGGAGAGGGGUGUUGUGGUGGGAGGUGGGGGAAGAGAAAGUCAUUUAGCCAUGCUGAUGGUUCACCCUAGGGAUGGGUAGUAUUCAACAGGGAUUAAUGAUGAUAUGCUUAUUGACUGGAAUUAAUGUCUCACAGUUUUCAACACAUAGCCCUAACAAACAGAGAGGGGGGACUGUAUGUCUGCAGGAGGGGAGACAGGAUAGGAUGUGAAAUUGCUGAAACACAGCUGCUUCCAACAUAUUUAUCACUUCAAAUAUCUCUGGGUCUCAUUCGCUUCUGUGUUCAUUUGCACCUUCGCAUGUGUUGUGGCCUCACACGUUAUUGAACAACAAACUCAUAAAAACAAAAUAGAUGAGCUUCU